AUGCACUACACAAUCGAGGACGAGUGGCGGCAGUCUGCAUCCCAGCUCGACGACGACUUUUCGCGCGACUGUCUGCUGGGCGCCGAGUGUUUGGCAAACGUUGACGCCGACGACUGCAACGAUGACGAGCUCCCAGCACCCCGCCCUUCCCGCCCCUCCCGCCCAUCCACCAUCUUCUCCGUCGCCUUGACAAAACCCAAGACCAAACCCCCUCCAGCCCCACACUUCCGGCGUCAAUCGAUGGCUCCCUCGACCGUGACCCGCACUGUCACUCCGGCGCAGGCGGAUGACAUUGAGCCCAAAACUGAGUUUACAUUCUGGCCACCUACGAGGGCACGCAGUGCGCCCGCGCCAGCGAGCAGUGAGCCCCCGUCGAGGUCAGAGUCGCCUGCUUCGACCUCGACGGCGGAGCCUGCUUCGGCGUCGACUUCAACGUCGACUUGCUCGACCGCUGCGUCUACAUCUGAACAUGCCUCUGAGCCUGCGCCCAAGGCAGUACCCGUGGCCGCGUUCUACGACUCGUCGCCUCUCGACUUCCCUAGCGCACACACGCACGAGAUUGCCUCGUCUCCCGAGACCUCCAUCACAGCAGCGCUCAAGGGUCUCCCUCGCCCCGGUCCGCCCAUUCGCAAGAGCACGCUCGUCGUCCAGCCUCCAGAGGCAUUACGCGCGAGCUGGUGGUCGUCCUCCAGCGGCCACUCUGCGAGCAGCCUGGUCUCUGGUGCCUCGGGGUCAACAGGAACGAGCGGAACGAGCGGGACGUACACCACCACAAGGGAAUGGAUUGGCGACCAGCACCACACCGACGACGCUGAGAGUGUCUUGACGGCCGGAACACGGCCUUCCAGUGUCGCCGCGAUGUCGAGGGCCGGGUCCCGCUCAGUGUCCGCGUCGACCAUGGCCACAGACGACAGUACCCUUGAGUCCCGGUCUCUGCGGAGCCUGGACACGCUGGACAGCUUUGUCAAUGCCUACACGGACCGGGGUUAUGACGAGAGGAGUGAGAGUGAGAGUGAUGACGAGGACGGGGAUGGGGAUGGGGAUGGGGAUGUGAGCAUGGGUUGGACGGGAGUUACCCAGGUGCAAGCACAGAACCAUGCGCUGGCCCAGGCUCAGGCGGUGGUGCCCGCCUCGACGGUCAUGACACCGAGCAAGAUCGUCCCGGCGCCAAACGCCAGUGCACCGAGCACGCCCAAGGCCAAGGCCCAGCCGAGCAAGCUCCAGGCCAAGACUCCAGUCAAGACCCCCGUGGCAGCGCCUCUCAAGACUCCAGCCCAGACUCCGACCAGGACACCAACCAGGACAUCAGCCAAGACACCAGUCCAGACUCCAGUCAAGACGCCAGUCAAGACCCCGACCAAGACAAGGACUCCUAUCAAGUCGCUCUUCCUCAACGCCAUCAUCGCGCCCAAAAACCCCACACCCGCCAACCCACCUCUCAACCGCCCCGCAUCAACUACACCGACACGCACCACGCAAGACACUCGGCACGCCCCUUCCAACGCGUCCUCUGCGUCGUCUACCGCCCCGUCCCCACUCUCAACAAGCACCACAGCACCGCAGCCCCGCCUCAAGCCCCGCAACGCAGGCCACCGGUCGACCUUCUCCCUGCCCCUGUUCGCCAUUUCCGAGCGGGGCGAAAAGGCCACCGCCGCUGUCAAACCGUCGCCUGGUCCUGGCCCUGGUCCCAGCCAUGGUCCCCGGGCCCGUGCUUCUGUUCACUUCCAUGUUCCCGCAGCGACACCCGCCCCGGCGUCAGUCACGGCUCCAGCCACGCCUGUCGCGGUCAUGGGAGGACCGCGCAGGCCGGCGCCGCCCCCGCCAGUGUCUGCACCCUCACCCAUCCCCAGGCCCAACGGCCAUGCCAGGGCCAAGUCUAUGGCCUCUGUGGCGGACGAGAAGACUGUCGCGCGGUGGCCGUGGGGUGCGUCGCGUAAAGCUGCCGCUGCCGCCGGCAAGUAG